ACAUUCUGUUUGAUUUAAUAAAACAAGUAUUAAUUUAUUUAGUCAUAUUUCUUUUAUCUUUACAUGUGUAUUAUAAUAGGAUAUAUAUAAGUGAUUUAUUAGAAUCUUAUUGGAAACCCGGCUGAAAAUAGGACUUAUUCAAGUCCAUUUUAACGAUUAUUGAUUUUUCUUCAAAAGACUAAAUGGCAAAACAAAUAGCGGACGUACAAAUCCAUGCUUCGGAAAACGAUAAUUUAGAGGACGAUAACUUGGAUAUUAGUGUGGAUCUGAUUGAUGAUGGUCUCUAUUUAGGUAAUCUUGCAUGUGCAAGAGAUCAUAAAACAUUAGAAAAUCUAAAAGUCACACACAUCCUCACAAUAGACUUGGUGCCUCUACCGAGGUCUAUACUGGACAGGAGCCAACUCACCUUUAAAUUUAUGAAAUUGGCCGAUGUACCCAAGGAAGAUCUAAUCAGUCACCUACCAGAGAGCAAUGAUUUCAUCAAGGAAGCAAUUUCAAAUGGGGGAACAGUACUUGUUCAUUGCUACUUUGGUGUUUCACGCUCCGCAGCUGUAGUCAUAGCAUAUGUGAUGGAGAAAUAUGGUCUUUGCUAUGAAGAUGCAUUUGUCCUUGUAAAAGCCAAAAGACGUUUCAUUGGUCCAAAUGUUGGCUUUGUAGCCCAACUCAAACUAUUUGGGCACAUGGGCUAUCGAAUAAAUAGGGAUGAUCCAAGAUUCAAACAAUUUAGAUUGAAAAUGGCAGGACAGAAGUUAAAGCAAGUAAAAAUAUUACCCCAACUGUUUGCCGAUCUUGUCAAACCUGACCCUGGGUUGAUCCGUGAACGACCAGACCCAGUAGUGUACCGCUGCAAGAAGUGCCGCAGGAUAGUCGCAAACCAGAGCAACAUCAUACCUCACUUACCAAAGCAUAUUAAAGUGGAACUGGCCAAGAAAAAUAUUCGACCGCAACCGAGCAAGCAGAAUGCUCUAAAUUGUGUUGAAAAUGGUCAGCUCUUGAUAGAGAAGUUGAAAAGCCUCGCUUGUCAGAUAAUGGACAGUGAGAUUGAAGUUGAUGAUUCCAGUGAUGAAACCAGCCCGGGUAAGAGUGAUAAUAGCUUCCUGGACAGCGAUGAAGGACCCAGUCAGGUCCUAGAUGGUUACAAUGAAAAUAACAUGGUCGACGCAAACAUAGCGGCUCGGGCGGACAGUCCCGAGAUCUGCCGCCUCAUGUGGUUUGUGGAGCCGAUGACUUGGAUGAAGGAUGUGCAGAACUCUCCCCAAGGAAAGUUGCAUUGCCCCAAAUGUGCCAACAAAAUCGGCAGCUUCAGUUGGGUCAUGGGUUGCAAGUGUCCCUGCGGUCAGAAAGUGGCUCCGGCUUUUUACUUAGUGCCUUCGAAGGUGGAGUGGUCGAAUAUCGUACAAAAUGUUCAAAUAACCGUAUAACUGUACAAAGUAUGUGACACUGCUUUAUAAAGGUUUGUCACAGUCAUAUGUCCCAAUGCCCCGCUUGCUUUCAUUCUAAUAUAUUACCAACUUAUUAACAAUAUAUAUAGUAAAAAAGUAUAUAGUUAUUUUGGGGUCUGUUAUAUAUAUCAUAUAAGUAUGUAUUACUUGCAUAUUUCAUUUUAGUUAUGUACUUUUAAUAUAUAUAAAAUAUUGUCAAAACCAGGGUCUAGCUCUUAAUUCACUACGAUUGGUUACCUUAGUGAGCGGUGCCGUUUUCGUCAUUAGUAUCAUAUUCCAUUUGGUUUCGAGCAACGCUACUGCUCCAUGUUCUAUCAUCUUUUAUGGAAUUAAUAUGUUAACAAUAUUACAAGAUGGUUAGAUUUAUAUUAUUUAACUAAGCAGUGAGUUGGUUGACGUUAUUUUGUUAAAAAAUAUUGAGGUCAAGCCUUUUUGGCGAAUGAACUUCUACAAAAAGGACUAUUGACUUUGCGGAGACAAAAAUUGGCGUUAUAAGCUUAUCCUUGCGUCUCGUGUACAUACAAUGACUCAUUGAUUCUAUCAAAGUGGGAAUAUUACAUAAUAAUAUUGUUGUAAAUAUAUUGUGACGCACACUGGUGCGUAUUACUGGUGAGUAUUCCUACUUUGUUAACAUCCCGAAGAGAU